CUGUUUUUCUCUCAGCCGCACGAAGAUGAUGAUGGCGACGAGGAUGAGGCAUGUGGCGAUGGUGGCGGCCAGGGCGACGGCAGCGGUUUCGCCUGUUGCGCGUGCGCGUGUGAGCGUGGCGGCCCUGCGCCAAGCAAGCGCAGCACUGUCCACAUCAACUAGGUCCAUGUUUGCGCAGCCGCCAGGUGGUGGUGCAAGUGGAGGGGACGACGCCAGGGCGGCGCGCACGCGUGCGCCAAAACAAAACAGACAGCAGCAGCAGAAACACAAGCAGCAUCAGCCGCGUACGACUGGUGCACCUGGUCAGCGCAUGAAUGUUGCAGCUGCCACCAAGGGCAUGCCGACGCCCGAGGACCAAAUGGUGGAUCUUGUGCGCAACGUGCUUCAGAGCCAGCAGCCGGCAGAGGCCAGCUCGCCGAAGCGUCUGCGUGAGGAGUUCAACGAGAUGAAGGCGGAGCUGAAGAAGAUCCAGCAACAGAUUGCCGCAGCCGCGCCCAUGGAGCCCGAGGAGGCAGCUGCCGAGGAGCCAGCACCAAGCGAAAAGCGUACGUCAGGCUUGCAAGAGACCGAAGUCACGGCUGCGGAUGUCUUUGCGAACGCAAAGGGCGACAUCAACCCAGAUACAGAGAUUAUUAUGGACCGUACGGGCCACGUCCACGUUGAGAACAGCGGCCACGUCGACUACGACAUUGAGGAUCUGAAGCCCAUCACGUUCCAAGACCUGUCACGCAUCAACAUCCGCCACCACGCCCAACACUUGCGCGACCGCAUGCGUGCGUGGCGUGAGCCGCUGCCCGAAGAAUUUCUGCAGAUUGAGACGCGCAACUACUACCAUGUCGGCUCGCAGGGGUCGCACAUCCCAGAGGCCCGCAAAGUCAUCCUCACGGCGAAGGUGUCGCAGCUUGGGCUCAAUGCCGCCGAGCGGGAGAAGCUGUUGCAGCUCGUUGGUUCACGCUAUCGUGCCGCCACGGACACGCUCAAGCUGGUUGGCCGGCGGUACCCGACACGCGAGAUGAACCUCCAGUACGUCAAGGACCUCAUCACCGUGCUCGUCGCAGAGGCUAAGAACCCGGAGCUUCAGCUGGCGGAACUGCAAGAGAGCGCAUGACGCAAGCAAGUGACCAGUGGUGGAGGACAAGUGCUCGAACACACCACAAGCAGUACAUAUCGCAAUCAUGACAAGACAGUAAACACGCAUGAACCUCGCCAUCAACGUACGCUUUCGCACACACGUAUACAGCCUGAAUCUUGACUAUUCACAGCACGGAAGCACACAGGGGAAAGAGAAGAAGGGAGGUAAGGAAAGGAGGGGAGGGGAAGGAGGGAGGGGAG